AUGGAGGAGGUUGAAGCCGCUCCACCAGAACUCAGACCAGCGCUCCCAUCCCAGAGCAGCCGCUCAUUAUCUGCUCUCAACUGUACCACCAAUUUUGUUCCUGCUGCUUUGCCUCGCCUCGCCUCUGGGGGCUUUGGGUCUCACUUUAAGCCCCUUCUGGACUAUUGUUUGCACUCUCGCUUCCGCAGCUGGCUAGGGCGAUCCUCAGCUGCAUAUCGGGCUGGUGCUACAAAACUGGUAGCUCUUUGCCCCCCCACUCCCAGGACUCAAUUCUUUUCAGAUAUUCUUUGUCAAGCCGCCAAAGUGGAGAGUGUCGUCGCACCAGGAGGUCCUUCUCGUUUCAGUGUAGGGGGAGGAGGUGGGGGUGCACCUCAGCACUAUCCCAAAACUGUCGGCAACAGCGAGUUCCUGGGGAAAACCCCAGGUUCUAGCGUUCAGAGAUGGGUACCUUCUCGAAGCACUAGACGAGAUGCCAGCUCCUCCAACGAGAAAGGGCAAAAUGAUGCAAUCUUCAGAAAAGUGAGAGGCAUACUUAAUAAGCUGACUCCUGAGAAGUUUGACAAACUAUGCCUGGAGCUCCUCAAUGUGGGUGUAGAUUCAAAACUUGUCUUAAAAGGAAUCAUCUUGUUGAUUGUUGACAAAGCCCUCGAAGAGCCCAAGUAUAGCCAGUUGUACGCUCAACUAUGUCUACGCUUGGCAGAGGAUGCACCAAACUUUGAAGCCCCAACAGCAGAAAGUCAGGCAACACAAAAGCAGAAUAGUACCUUCCGAAGGCUUCUGAUUUCUAAGCUUCAAGAUGAGUUUGAGAAUCGUGCCAGGAAUGUUGACCACUUCGACAAACAUGACAGCCCACUCACCUCUGAGGAGGAGGAACAGCGUGCAAUUGCAAAGAUCAAGAUGCUGGGCAACAUCAAAUUCAUCGGUGAACUGGGCAAACUCAACCUCAUCCAUGAAUCUAUUCUCCACAAGUGCAUUAAAACACUGUUGGAGAAGAAGAAGAGAGUCCCACUUAAGGAUAUGGGUGAAGAUUUGGAAUGCCUCUGUCAGAUAAUGAAAACAGUUGGUCCUAAACUUGAUCAUGAAAAGGCAAAGUCUUUGAUGGACCAGUACUUUGCUCGCAUGCAAUCCUUAACCAACAGCAAGGAAUUGCCUGCACGGAUUCGCUUCCUGCUGCAGAACACGGUGGAGCUGCGAAACAACAACUGGGUGCCUCGGAAAGCUUAUGUUGACAAUGGACCAAAGACUAUUACCCAAGUUCGUCAGGAUGCAGUAAAGGAUUUGGGCGUUUUCAUUCCACCUUCAGCUGAUUCAAUAAGGAAUGACUUCUUCAUGGACAGUUCCUCCUUCCUUCCAGGAAAGAUCAAGUAUGAUAGGGAGACUCUUGGUGGGCUGGCCGACAUGUUUGGACAAAUGCCUGGAAGUGGCAUCGGCACAGGCCCAGGGGUAAUUCAGGACCACUAUUCCCCAACCAUGGGUCGCCACCGCGGCAGUGCUCCAGGGGUAACUCAGGACCACUACUCUCCAACCAUGGGUCGUCACCGUAGCAGCCCACUCUUUAAUGGCCACAGUGGAAACAGCAAUGGUUCACACCAGCCAUAUGAAAAUGAAAGCAAGCCGUUCAUAAAACCGAACCAGGGGAGAAAUUCACCAGUUUUCAACCAUAAACAGAAUCACUCAGUCCAGAUGCAGUCAAAGGAUAUGGCUCCAAGGUUCAGCAAGAAGGGGAAAGUCAAUGCAGAUGAGAUCAGUCUGAGGCCAGCACAGUCCUUCAUUAUGAAUAAAAACCAAGUGCCAAAGCUGCCGCCACAGACAAUGAUGCCUUCUCCAGUUGGACAGCUUGGCCUUAAAGCCAAUCCUCCUCCAAUUCAGGAAAAACCUGCAAAGUCUAACAAAAAGGCUCCUCCCACAAAGGAAGAGUUGUGCAAAAUGACGGAGACACUACUCACAGACUACCUAAACAACAAAAAUGUUAACGAUGCAGUGAGUGCUGUGAAAGAGAUGAAGGCCCCCAAACACUUUUUGUCAGAGAUGCUGAACAAGAUCAUAGUCUAUUCACUCGAUCGUUCAGAUGAAGAUAAGGAACAUGCAAGCACUCUGAUUCACACCCUCUGCACAGAGGGCCUCGUCACUGGUGACAACAUAUUGCAGGCCUUCCUGGGUGUUCUGGACCAGUUUCCCAAGAUUGAGGAAGAAAUCCCACUGGUGAAGUCGUACCUGGCUCAGUUUGCAGCACGAGCGAUCAUUGCUGAUCUGGUCAGCAUUGCAGACUUGGCCCAUCAGCUGGAGAAUGGCGCACAUUUCCCACUCUUCCUGCUCUGUCUGCAGCAGCUGGUGAAACUGAAAGAUCGUGAGUGGCUGACUGACCUGUUCCAGCAGAGCAAGGUCAACAUGCAGAAGAUGCUGCCGGAAAUUGACCAGAACAAGGACCGGAUGCUGGAGAUUCUGGAGGGUAAAGGCCUCAGCUUUUUGUUCCCACUGAUGAAGCUGGAGAAGGAGCUGCUGAAGCAGAUCAAAGUGGAUCCUUCUCCACAGUCCAUCUACAAGUGGAUCAAAGACAACAUCUCUCCAAAACUUCACACCGACAGAGGCUUUGUCAACAUCCUCAUGACCAGUUUCUUGCAGUACAUUGCUUACGAGAUCAACCCUGACGAUGAUGAAGAGCAGCAUGCAGCGCCCAGUAAGGACCAGCUGGAGGAAGAGAAGCAGCUCCUGCUCUCUUUCAAGCCAGUGUUGCAAAAGUUUCUUCACGAUCACAUUGAGCUGCAAGUCAGUGCACUGUAUGCCCUGCAGGUGCACUGCAAUGCCAAGAGGUUCCCUAAAGGCAUGCUGCUGCGCUACUUUGUGAACUUUUAUGACAUGGAAAUAAUUGAAGAGGAAGCCUUCCUUUCAUGGAAAGAAGAUCUCACCCAAGAGUAUCCAGGGAAAGGAAAAGCAUUAUUUCAGGUGAAUCAGUGGCUGACCUGGCUGGAGACUGCAGAGGAGGAGGAGUCGGAGGAUGAAGAGUACUGAGGAAUAGGCCAAAGCCAUGUGUUAUCAGAUGCAGACUUGUUUUGUUUUUUUUCCCUCCUUAUUUAUCCAUCUUUUUUUGUUUUGGUUUUUUCCUCCUGUCUUUCACACUCUUCUUGUAACCACUGUUACAGUUCAUUUCACGAUGAGAUUGUUCUGCCAGCAUCACAAAUCUUAUUUAUGCUCUAAGUUUCUAUACUGUUCUCUUUGAUGUCCUACAGCAGAUGUUUUAUACACUUCAAUCAACUUGCGUUUAAGAGUAGACAGUAUUUAGCAGGAAAAUGCACCAGCGCCCAAAACUUGACCCAUUUUUGUCACCUUUUUACAUCUGGUAGGAGUCACCAAGUGCUGUCGCAAUUAUUUAAAAACUGUUUACAAAAGAGGGAGCUCACAUUGCAAAGAGGCUUUCUCCUUUUUUAAUCUACAUUUGCUAAUCAGUUUUUAAAUGCACUUUGCUUAAACAUCAUGAGUCGUUGCAAUAGUAAAAAUUUAACUUUCCUUGAUUUGUUAAACGUGAUCAUGACGUUGUUGUCUGCCAUUAUUAUAAUAGGACUAGUGCUUAUAAAUCGACCAUUUCUUAACCUGGGUGAGGCCUGUUUUACUUGCACAGUGUGAUUUCAGUUACCGCUUUGUAGUUUAAUGAAUCGAGAGGGGGUUUUUUUUAUGUAUGAAACAAGUUGUGCUGUCAGGAAUGAAUCUGUGUGGCCUUUUUUGUUUUGUUUUUUUUAAUUUAUAAGGAUAUACCUCUGUUUCUCGGACUAUACUUGAAUGUCUCGGGUUUUGACAUUGAGACAGCCAAAGCUUGGUUUCCUUUGCUACGGUUGUUUGUCACUUGUGGAAAUUUUGUCCAUCUGCCAUAUUUGUCAAGUUCUUAAACGGUCUUUUUAUCUUCAUGAAAUUACCAAGAAUGUACUGUUUGUGUACUCUUCUUCUGGAGUGUUGUAACAUUGUGUGCUAGAAGUCGAAUGUACAACUACAGAUCAACCUUGAAUAAAGUUUAACAGUUGA